UUCAAAUUCGCCUAUUACGCAGGUGUCAGACUCUGAUGAGGAAAUAUAUCAUAAUGAUGAUCUCAUUUAUCAACAACAGCAACAACAACAACAAGGGGAUGUGAAUGAUUUUGACGUUCAUAAUGCAAUUCCACCUAAAUUAAAACUCGUUUUAAGAGGCACUCGUAUAGAACUGGAUCGAGACAUUCUUGUUAAUUUACCAGAAAGUUUAUUAAUUGCCAUGUUCCCUAAUGGACUUGUUCUGUCACGACCAGAUGAAGAAUUAGACGAUGAAGACGAUGAAGGUUAUGAUGAACUUUCUCGUCAUUCUAUGGAACAACAACAACAACAACAACAGCAAGAUAAUAUAGUUGAUUUUGAUCCUACUUGUCUUGAAUAUGUCCUUGCAUUCUAUAGAAAGGCAGCAGAGAUUCGAGAUGAACAUCAACAAGAUGCUGAAUUUCAACGACUCUUGAUGAAUGCUUCAUCUAAUGCCGCUACAGCUGCUUCACCUGUCUAUUAUACACUUUUAACAAAACAACCUAUUAUUGUCUUGCGUGAAGAACUUGAAUAUUAUUGUUUACCGAUAGAAAAGGGACAACAUGUAGCCCAUUUGAAGUUGGCAUCUGGAAAGUAUCUUAAAGAACGUGAUGCUAUCUUUGAUGCACUUCAAAAGAACAUUACAAGAGAAAACAAUGUAGCUGAACAACAUUUGAUUGAUAUGUUGUGUGAUGCAGGAUUUCAUAGAGAAGAUCAUUGGGGUUAUCGUGAAAUUGAACCCUUCCGAACCACUAUUACUAGUAUGGCACUUGUCUUAUUAAAAACGUUAGGUCCUAAUAAUCAUAUGGCAACUGCUCAAAAAUUAUUUUUAUUUUGGAGAAAACCUGCUGUAAAGUGUAUUUUAUAAAUGUAUAUAUUUAACAUGAUUCUAAUUUUUUUUUUCUUUUUCCCCUCCCCACAUAUUAUUUACCUAGCGAAAAUGUUGGUGGGACGGUAAUACGGUCGAAAUAGAAGAACAAAAAAUUCGUUUAUGGGCACGAAGAACUUGGACAUUAGAAUUAGCUUUAGUUUAAAUACUACCUUUGUAUUUUUUUUUUGUAUACCAUUUCAUCCCUGAUGUAUUAUAUAAUUAUAUAUAAUAUAUUCACAUAUGUAUGUUAUAUAAUUAUAUAUAAUAUAUCCA